AUGGUGGAACUGGGGCUGAGAACCAUUAGAGAAUUGGCUGCCCCUGAUGUGCACUACCAGUCUUUAUGCAUUCAAUAUCCCCAAUUGGAUGCAACCUUUGAAUUGAAAUCUGGGCUAAUCCAUUUGCUUCCCAAGUUUCAUGGCCUUGCAGGUGAAGAUCCGCACAAGCACCUCAAGGAAUUCCAUGUUGUCUGCUCCACAAUGAGGCCACAAGGAGUUUGAGGAGAUGAGGAGCAGAUAAAACUUAGGGCCUUCCCAUUCUCAUUGGAUGGAGCUGCAAAGGAUUGGUUAUACUACCUACCACCUGCUGCCAUCACAAGUUGGGAUGGGCUAAAAAGGAUCUUUUUGGAGAAGUUCUUUCCAGCAUCCCGAACAGCCGCCAUUCGAAAAGAAAUUUAUGGCAUAAGGCAGAAUCAUGGGGAGACAUUACAUGAGUAUUGGGAGCGAUUCAAGAAACUCUGUUCUAGUUGUCCACACCAUCAAAUCAGUGACCAGUUGCUGGUCCAAUACUUCUAUGAAGGUCUUAUUCCAAUGGAUAGGUAUUUGGUGGAUGCAGCUAGUGGAGGAGCCCUCUCUGAAAAGACACCAGCAGCUGCUCAGGAGCUAAUCUCCAAGAUGGCACAGAAUGCCCAACAGUUUGGUACCAGGUCAGCCACUCCCAUGAGACAAGCCAAUGAGAUUGGUGUUGCUGCCAUCAAUGACCAACAGAGGAUAGAGAACAAACUGGAGGAAUUGGCCUCCAUGGUCAGACAGCUAGCCCUUGAUAAAGGACAGUCCAAAUCUCAGCAGGUAUGUGGUAUUUGCUCAUUAUCCUCCCAUGGUACUGACCAAUGUCCUCAACUGCAGGAGAAUACAGAAGCUUGUGCUGGCAUUUUUCCAGGAAGACCCUUCCAGCCACAGCAUCAGCAGCCACAGCAACAAAGAUAUGAUCUAUAUGCUGCCACCUAUAAUCCAGGGUGGAGAGAUCAUCCAAAUUUGAGGUAUGGAGGUCCUUCCAACCAGCCAUUCCAGCCACAGCAACAGCAACCUCAGCAGCACAGAUUCAAUGCACAAAGACCAAGUCAAUCAAUGCAGCAACCCCAACCAGCUCCUAAAUCCGAAUCAAGCUUGGAAGAUAUCAUGAAGCAGCUCGUUGCCAACAAUCUCCAGUUUCAGCAAAGGACCGACACUGCCAUACAAAAUUUGGAGACACAGAUUGGACAGCUGGCAACCAACAUCAGUGAGCUACGGAGUCAAGGUUCGGGUCAGUUGCCUUCACAGCCAGUUUCAAAUCCAAGGGGCAAUGUAAGUGCUAUCGUUCUCCGCAGUGGCAAGGAGUUAAGCAGCCCACCCUCUCCACAACCAGAAUUUGGGCAGCAACAAGAAAAUAGAGGAGAGACUUCUCACAACCAUCCAUUGCCAUUUCCUCACCGAGCCACUCAAAAUAAAAAGAGGGCAGAAGUUGAGUUGGACAAGGAGAUCAUGGAAACUUUCAAAAAAGUUGAGGUGAACAUACCACUCUUGGAGGCCAUCAGACAGAUUCCCAAGUAUGCCAAGUUUCUCAAAGACUUGUGCACCCACAAAAGGAAACUGAAAGGAAAUGAAAAAAUCAACUUGGGGAGAAAUGUGUCAGCAUUGAUUCAACCUGCCAUACCUCAAAAAUGCAAAGAUCCAGGAACUUUCACCAUUCCUUGCACUAUUGGAAAUUUGCAAUUUCAUAAUGCUAUGUUGGAUUUAGGAGCCUCUAUUAAUGUGAUGCCUAAAUCUGUGUAUUCUUCUUUGCAGGCAGGCGCAGGCACAUUGACAUCUACAGGAGUGGUGGUCCAGUUGGCAAAUAGGAGCACAGCAUACCCUGAGGGAGUAUUAGAGGAUGUAUUAGUAAAGGUAAAGGAUUUCAUAUUCCCUGCUGACUUCUAUGUUUUGAAUAUGGAAGAUGAUCGCACACCCGGACACACACCACUUAUUCUAGGUAGACCCUUCUUGAAAACUGCAAGGACAAUAAUUAAUGUGCAUGAGGGUACUUUAUCUAUGGAGUUCGCUGGUAACUGUUUUCAAUUCAAUAUCAUUGAUGCCAUGAAGUAUCCCUUAGAAGAUCAUUAUGCCUUGCAUGUUAACUUUAUUGACUUAAUGGUGGAGAAAGCAUGUGUUGAGUUGUAUAAUCUUGAGUCUGAAUUCCCCACCAUCCAUGAUUUUCCUGAUGAUAUGCAUUGCCCUCAGUGUCAUGACGGACUCAGUAAGUGUAAUGCUUGUUCUGAAAUAGAUGAGUUUUUGAGUAUUGUUGAUAGUGCGCCUUCUCAUACUAUAUCCGAUUCUCAUGUGCCUCCCAUAGAGGAAGUUUCUGUUGCUGAGAAUGUAGUGCAGGUAGGUGGAAACAUAAACAGAUUGGUGCCUUCAAUUCAACAGCCACCCACCUUGGAGUGUAAGCCCCUGCCCGAGAAUCUGAAGUAUGCCUACUUGGCAGAUGGAGACAAGCUACCCGUGAUCAUCGCCGACAACCUUCAGCCUGACCAAGAGGAGAAGUUGCUGAAUCUGUUGAAGCAACAUAAGAGAGCCAUAGGUUGGUCACUUGCAGACAUUCCCGGUAUAUCCCCUUCCUUAUGCAUGCACAGGAUUCAUUUAGAGGAAGGAGCUCGACCAGUGAGGCAGCCCCAAAGGAGACUCAAUCCCACCAUUCUAGAUGUGGUCAAGAAAGAGGUAAGUAAACUACUUUCGGCUGGCAUUAUUUAUCCUAUCUCUGACAGCAAGUGGGUGAGUCCAGUGCAGGUAGUUCCGAAGAAGACAGGAUUCACAGUGGUAGCCAAUGAGAGGAAUGAGCUAGUGCCCAUGCGAGUGUAG